GCUGCCUUCAGUUUGUUUGUGCCUUCUGCUUCAGCUUGUCGUUUGUCGACACUGUUUUUAUUUUUAGUACUGUGUACAGAGUCGUGUUAUCCGUGUUUCUUGAUUUUCUUUAGAUUUUCUGUUUUAUUUGUUUCACUACAUAAUUUCUGGAUUGUAAAAUAACUCUUCAAAAUGCCAGUCUUCCACACUAAAACGAUAGAAAGUAUUUUAGAACCAGUCGCACAACAAGUAUCGCGGCUGGUUAUUCUACAUGAAGAGGCUGAAGAUGGCAACGCUAUGCCUGAUCUUGAACGACCUGUACAGGCCGUCAGUCAAGCUGUUACUAAUCUUGUUAAGGUGGGGAGAGAGACCAUCAAUAGCAGUGAUGAUAUGAUCCUGAAGCAAGACAUGCCGACUGCCCUGCACAGGGUAGAGAGCGCCUCCAAAUUGCUCGAAGAAGCGUCGGCCAUGUUGAAAAUGGACCCCUAUUCCGGACCUGCCAGAAAGAAACUGAUAGAAGGCUCGAGAGGCAUCUUGCAAGGAACAUCAUCCCUGCUGCUCUGUUUCGACGAAUCAGAAGUGAGGAAAAUCAUCAGAGAAUGUAAAAAGGUGCUGGACUAUCUGGCUGUUGCCGAAGUAAUCGAAACAAUGGAAGAUCUUGUGCAGUUCCUCAAAGAUCUCAGUCCAUGUCUUAGCAAGGUAUCACGUGAUAUUGGCGCUCGCGAAAAAGAACUUACACAUCAAGUCCAUCGUGAGAUUCUUGUCAGAUGUCUCGAUCAAGUCAAGACUCUUGCUCCAAUUUUGAUUUGCAGUAUGAAGAUAUUCAUACACAUCAUUUCUGAAGGCGGCAAGGGAGCAGAGGAAGCAGCUGAAAACCGUAACUACUUGACGGCGCGCAUGACCGACGAACUGCAGGAGAUAAUCAGAGUGCUGCAGUUGACCACCUAUGACGAGGACGAGUGGGAUGCCGACAAUCUCACUGUCAUGAAGAAGGCGCAGAGUGCCAUUCAGAGCAAGAUGCGAUCGGCCAAGGACUGGCUUGAAGACCCACUAGCGCUGCGAGGCGGAGUGGGCGAGAAAUCAGUGAGGCAGAUCCUAGAGCAUGCAAUGGCUGUGGCCGACCGCGCACUGCCCAGUGACCGCGAGAACAUCAGGAAGCUGUGUUCGGAUGUCACCACCAUGACUGAGGCACUCUGUGAACUCAGGCAGGAAGGGAAGGGCACUACGCCACAGGCGGAAAGCCUAGCCCGCGGCAUCCAGGAGAAGAUCGGGUCGAUUUGUCGUGCGGUGUCUUCUGCGGUGUCGAACAUGGACAAGAGUGGCGCGCAGCUGAUGCAGCCGGCGCACACGGUGAGUGGCCGCCUCGAGCAGGCCGAGCGCUGGCUGGCCAAUCCGCAGCGAGACGACCGAGGCCUCGGGCAGCGCGCCAUUGCGCUCAUUGUCGACGAGGGCAAGAAGGUGGCCGAUGGACUCCCUGGUGUGCAGAGGGCAGAAAUUCUGACACUCUGUGAUCAGGUGGAUCGUCUAUCAAGACAGCUGAGUGACCUAUGCAGGAGGGGUAUGGGAAAUACACCACAAGCUCAGGAAACUGCCAGAGCUCUGUCGCAAAAACUGCAUGAGCUGAAGGAGCGAAUCCAGAACGCCGUCGUGAACAGAGUUGUUGAGGACUUUGUUGAUAUUGCAACACCACUCAAACAAUUCACCGAGGCUGUACAUGUGCCUGAAGGUACGCCAGGUCGUGACGUAAACUUCAACGACAAGGCGGCGGCGCUGAGCGACUGGUCGCGGCGGGCGGCGAGAACAGGGCGCCUGGUGGCGGCGAGCGGCGGCGGCGGCAACAACAAGAAGCUGUCAGAGGCGCUGGCAACGGCGGCCGGCCGCGUCGAGUCGCUCACGCCACAGCUGGUGAACGCCGGUCGCAUCCGACUCAACUACACGCACAGCAAGGCGGCCGAUGAACACUUCAGCAACCUCAGCGCACAGUAUGCCGACUCCGUCAACCAGGUGCGCGCGCUCUGUGACGAGGCUGUCGAUGCCGAGCAUUUCAUCAAGAUAUCUGAGGAGCAAAUGCAGAAGUACACGAUCCUGUGCGAGGAUGACAUCCGCAAUCACGAGCCGCAGAAGUUCGUGGAGCACACGAAGGCGAUCGCGCGGCUCGCGAACCGCGUGCUGCAGGUCGCCAAGCAGGAGGCUGACAACUCGGAGGAUCCCGCAUUCAUCGCCAACGUCAACCGCGCCGCCGACAUUCUCAGAUCUGAAAUAACAAACAUGGUUCAAGACGCGAAGGCAGUUGCAAUGAAUACUCACGACCACAACGCUGUUGCUAGGUGGAGAGAUGCUAAUCAUGCUUUGCUGAAAUCAGUUGGCAGAGUAAGAUCAGCAGUGACCGUUGUACCAGACAUCUAUAAACUCAGGCUGAACGAUGACUUGGACAGAGAGAUUUUGCCGGAAUUCCCCCCUCCGCCCGCACCCAUAGCUUAUGCACAACAAGACGAUUCGCCGUACCAGAUGUUCAAUGAUAAUCUCUAUUUGGAAAAAGAAGUGGCUCCACCGCGACCCCCCCUGCCCGGAGGCGAUCUACCCCCUCCCCGUCCACCCCCACCAGAGACAGACGACGAGGAUGACAUGUUCAUGCACGCGCCGCAGCCCAAUCAGCCGAUCAUGAUGGCAGCGCACGGCCUUCACCAGGAGGUGCGGCAGUGGUCGUCGAAGGACAACGAGAUCAUAGCGGCAGCGAAGAAAAUGGCGCUGCUGAUGGGCCGCCUCAGUCAGCUGGUGCGGGGAGAGGGAGGCACCAAGCGCGACCUGAUCGCCUGCGCCAAGGCCAUUGCUGAGUCCUCCGAGGAGGUCACGCGCCUCGCCAAGGAGCUGGCGCGCGAGUGCACCGACAAGCGCAUGCGCACUAACCUGCUCCAAGUUUGCGAAAGAAUUCCAACAAUUGGUACCCAACUGAAAAUCUUGUCUACUGUGAAAGCUACAAUGUUGGGCGCUCAAGAGACGCUGCCACGUCACGAAUUGGCUGAACUGCAAGGCGGCACUGAAGAGGACCAAGAAGCGACGGAUAUGUUGGUUGGAAAUGCGCAGAACCUGAUGCAGUCUGUGAAGGAGACAGUGCGCGCUGCUGAGUCGGCCUCCAUCAAGAUCCGCACCGACGCCGGAAUCAGGCUGAGAUGGGUCAGGCGCCAGCCCUGGUACAGCUACUAGAGUCAUUACAUCUGAAGUUUCCGAUAAAAUCGUCAAAUUCUUCAGAAUACAGAAGCAAUCUUCAAUGAUCUUCCUAUGAAACCUCUGGUAUCAGAAAAUAUCAACAGUCUCAUGUACAGUUAAAUACGUGAGUCUUCAAAGUAGAUGCUGAACUUGUCUACAACAUCAAGUAACAUCGAUAUUUUGCUAGAAUCAUCUUCAAUAUCAUCAUCAUCAUCAUUUACUUAAUCAUAUCAUCAUCACAAUCAUAUUCAUCAUCAGAAUCAUACUUAUCAUCCAUGUCGUUGUUACCAUAAAUAUCGACAAAAAAUCAUGAGAAUGUAAGGAAUACUAGAAAAUGAACUGCCUCUUAUAAUCAAACUUGACCUUUGGUCAGGUUUUAAAAUAUAUACGGCUAGAUCGUUGAUCAAAAAUUGAUUAGCCUUUUUACAGCUGGCUAUUAGAAUUUAUUGCACUGUGGAAUCUCCUGGGUAAAUAAUGCUUAAGCUUACUCUUGAACUUACUCAAAUGAGCUGGAGAUUCAGACAUUGAUUCUGAUUAAUCAGGAUAAAUACAAAUAUAACCACCCAACAACUUAUGGGAAAACUCUUCCUAGAUAACUGAAUCAUGGAGAAUUCAUUGGAAAUAAAUGUUAAAAGAAUCAUUGGAUUAUUCAAUCUCAUAGCAGAAACAUAUAUAACCAAGAAAAGUAUAUUUUCAAAACCGAUUUAAUAUUUUAUGUACAUAAAUAAGUAGCGUAAUAAAAACGAUUAAAAAUGAAAUGAUACUCAAUUGCCCGUACUCAGGUAUUUUGGAGUACUAUAGCAAAUUAUAUGAAACAUAUUUAUUUUGAAAAGAGUCUAUUUAGGAUGCAUGUGAAGGGAAUACAUUUUUUAGAAUGUACAUAAACAUGAAAUCUAUCUAGUUAGUGCCUGCAAUAUUAGGAAGCUUUUAUUAGACUAUGAUUGUUCUUGCUGGAAGUGAUAAAUUCAAUUUCACGCAAUUAUUGAUUGUAUGCAAUUAUACGCAAUUGUGAUUUUUAUAAUAACUUGUAAAAUGCUGGUAGGCAUAGUUUAAGGAGUGUUAUUCGAAUCAGGCACCUUUUCCUUCUCAACAUAAAAUUUGUAUCACAGAAUAGAUAUCCAAUGUUAUCAGUUUUUUCAUGCAGAUUCGGGAUUGAAAAAAAAAUGUUACUAAGUCAAUAUUCUAUAUAAUUUUGUUUUCGAGUUCAGAGUGACACAAACAAUUCUUGUUGGUUCGGAAGCCACCUUGAAUAUUAUACCCACAAUUUUCUCAUUAAUGUGACACCUACGGUGAAGUUGAAUUAUCCUUAUCUUCCCAUCACAUCUAGCUGUUAGAUUAAAUAAUCACAAACUUCAAUGUUGGUGAAAUUGAAUCUAUCAUCUUCCAUGGUAAAUAUGCUGGAACAUUAUAAAAAAUGAAUUAACAAUUGAGACUAUGUUAUCGAUGAAUAUUUUCAAUAUUAUUUCUCAAUUGACGAAAAAACAAUCAUCCCCAAUAGUGCUUAAAUAAUGUGAAUGCUCAAUAAUGCUGACUGAUAUACAAAUCAAUGCUUUCUAGGUUAAAAUGAUUAUGAAUUUAAAAAAUUCCUAUUUUGUAUACGGUUUGUCGUUAUUUUAAGAAUGAAUUUAUUAAGAAUGCUUGUUAAGAUGUAGGGAUAUGGUCGAUAACUUUGAAUGAAAAAACACGUUUUAUUGGAAUAUUUCCUUGAGAGAUAGCUUCAAUUGAAGCUACAGCUUAUAUUGGAAUUAUUAAACACGUAUUGAGAUGAAUUCACUUCAACUUAUGCUUUUCUUGUGGGGAAAAUGCAUUCAAUUUGUAUUACCUCAAUAUUGAUGUAUUUGUAUUGAUGGCAAUUCUUUUGAUGACUUAUAAUCUAUGGUGCUCUAUGUAACAGAUUUUUAUGUAACUCCUAUAUCAUUUUAUAGUGGUUCGUUGUUUUUGAAAAAUGUGUAAGAGAAAUUCACAGGAUAGCUUUUACAAUAAUUAUUAAUCUCGAACUUUUUGCCAAUAUUGUUAUAAUUGUAGGUUUUCCAAAUUGUAUUGUUUCAAAUCGGGCAAACAAAUCAAAGUUUCGUAUAUUCUGCAAAACCCAUAUAUGGGAAGUGCUUUAGAUACUUCAGGUCCAAAAUUUUGAUGCUUUAAAACUUUAGAAAUAGUACAUUGAUAACACCAAAACUUGUUAGCUUCUAAUAAUUUCUGGUAUGGUAGCCUAAUUUACAAGGCACAUCUACAUUUGUAUUUUCAAUGAAUUUUGUAUAUCAAGAGAGGUAUUUUAUAUUUUCCCUGAAGUGGAGAAGUGAAUGUAUUUGGUAAUUAUUUGUGUCUUGUUAUCAGAGAAGAACUAUUUCAGCUUUCUCCUUAAGUACCUCAUUCUCAUCCUCCAUUAUUUUUGGGAUAUCUUAUUCAUCUUAGAAUAACCUUUAAUCAUUCUUUGCCCUUCGCAUUUAAUUCACUAUGAAUGUUAAUAGUGAAUUCCAUUAGUUUGGAGACUUCUAUAUGAUAUAUUUUCUGAUAUUAUUCGUGAAAAACUCGUCUUUUUUAUUUUUCUGAUUACUUAGUGCAGGUUGAUUUCAAAUGGAUAUAACUUGAUUUAUCAAAACAGGAUGUUGUGCAGUAUAUUUUUGUUAAAACUUCUGUUUUUUUCUUUUUUGUAUUUUUGUACAAUAUUGUGUUAUAUUCUGCAACAAUUAUGUGUUCAUUUCAUAAUAUAAUAUGUAGUCCCGAAAGACAACUCCACUAGUUUUUAUUGUUAUGUUAGUUUAUCCUGUAUUCAUUAGUUUUUAGGAUAUUGUUGUUAAUAAUCUUUACAAUCUUCUAUUUAAUAUCAAUUAUUUAUUACAGAAGUUGAUUAUUUUAAUUAUUAUAUCUUGUAGCUUCCAGUAAACCAGUAUUUUUAAUAUAUUUGUGCCAUAAAUAAACUAAUAUUAUUGAUAAUUUAAAAAGAAUUGAUUCAAUGUUUUCAAGCUUUUAAAAAAAUUAUUCAAAGAUUUAUUCAACAUAGUAAAUUCCUUCAUUUUAUCACUUUAUCAAUUUUAAAAAAUCAUAGUUAUUUGCUAAUUCAGACUGGCUUUAUUGUUCUACUAAUAUUUUCUCAUGAUUUUGAUAGUGAUGCCAGUAUUAAACUUAAAUUUUAUUAUUUAUAAUUAUUACUCCAUAGUAUUAUUUUGUUGUUUCUUGUUUCUGAGUAGUCAAUAAGAUAAUAAUCAUUGUUAUUAAUUAUUAUUCACACUCAUUAAUUUUAAUAAUCGUUGUUUGUUGUAAUUUUUUAAUGUGUUGAAUAUUCAGUUAUAUUUGUAACUACUAAUUUAUUAAUAAUUUUUAUAGUUAUAUAAUAUCUAACUCAAUUGUAAAUUUGCAAUGUAAUAAUAUUAUAUUUAUCACUGGUUCCAUUGGUUAUUUUAUCAAUUGUUAAACAAAAACAUCACUUUUACACUGGUUUAAUAUAUACAUGGAGUUCAUUAAAAAUCAGUUAAAUAUAAAUAUAAAGAUUACAUAUUUCUCUAUUCAAUUUCAAAUCAAAUCGGUUGUAACUCAAUGGAAGAUUUUAUUUUAUUAUUUUAAUCUUUUGCAUUAGGUUUUUUUAGAUUCAACUAAUUCAAGUUUCUUAAUCAAUUCCAAUUAUUCAAGUAAAUUUUUCAAUUGAACAGUUUUACUCAUUCCUGUUCAAUGAUUUUAUGAGUUUAUCGUUGAUUCUAAUAUAAGAAUUUAACCUUUAUAAUAUUAUGUUGUGAUUGUUAUGAUAUUUUGGUUGUUUUUCAUAAAAUUACUUAUAAUUUAGUUGUUCUGCUAAUAUCAUUUUUUGAAUUGUUCAUAAGAUGGAAGGAAGACUAGAUUUUUAUCAACAAAAAAUAUGUUAUUUGCUAGUUAAACUCAGCAUAAUCAACGAAUAUAGUUGUUUUUAUGGAGAGAGUCUACCAUAUGCGGACUACCAACAAUUGCCUUUUUUUAUAAUAUUAUUUAUUCCAUUUUCUCACUUGCAUUUUGCAUUAUUUUGUAACUUAUUUUAACUUCCUACUCAUGUUUGAUGCAAUCCUUUCUUUGUAUACCUACAAUCCCAAUCCACAUAAUUCAUCAUUUAAUAUACGUUUUCUUUAAUAAACCUAUAUUUGUAUUUUUAUGACUGACGAAUGUCCUAUGAAAUCGUUUGUGAUAAAAGCAAUAGCCUAUUUUAAAGUCAAUUUUAGAAUAAUAGAAGGUUAAUUGAAUUCCAAUUGGUGGCUUAAGAAUUUGAAGUUGAUAUUUGUAUCUGGUGGAUCAUUGAUCUGUAUCAUUUUUAUAAUUUGUAUCAAUUUGUUACCUAUCAGUUUAUUGUCUUUGGUAGUUCGAAACCAAAUGAAAUAGUUGGACCAUCAUUUUCCUUGAACCAAGAUGAAUGUACAGAGAAUUUGACAUGCUGUACCUAAAAUUGUAUCAUUAAAAGUCAAUGAGUCGAAUCAAUCAUUGAAUAAAAAGCAGAUUUCAUAUCUUAUCAGUUACAGUUUUAAUUUCCAAAAUAAAUCAAUGUAUGUAAAGCCUAUGAUUUGAUUUAACUCCAACUGUAUCAUUCUAUUUUCAAAUUGCCAAUGGUUAAAGGUUAGUCUUUUAAACGCUUUAAUCACUGAAUCUUAUUCACUAGUCACCAAUUGGAAUCAUUUCCUAGACUCCUAGGAUAUUUACAAUGUUUAUAUAAACAGCUAAUAUUAUAUUAUAGAAUAUUAAUGCACUGCUUGCACGUUAUAGAACAAUCGUUUGUAAAUAGUUACAUAGAUCUAUAUUGUAACUUGAAUAUUUAUAAUAUAAUGAUAUUAAUCAAAUAGUCAGUCGUAUUGCAAUCAGUAGAUAUUAUAAUAAUUGUUAUGAAAACUUCACUUGUAAUCUAUUAGAACGUAAAUAGUCUUCUAUUUUCAUAUUUGAAGUCCAUUAUGAUUGAAUUGAAGCUAAUUUUAAGUUAUAAGACAGAAUCAGUAAAAAAGGGGAUCUGCUUGAGUCUCUCAAGCAUUUCUCCUGUUCAUUUCCUUGUUAUAAUAUAAUUUGUUGAUUUCCAGAUUAUAUAUUCAAUUUGGUAUUUUUCUAGAAUAUCUAAAAUUACAGGAAAAUCUGUAUAUUUAAGUGACUACUCCUUUUGCCUGCAAAGCUCUUUGCUCGUAAUAAACUGACUGACCAUUUUUUAGAGUUAUCCAUAAUUAACUAUAUUUCAUUGUUUAAAUCUGUGUACUUACAUCCAUGUUAGAAAACGUUAUAUUGUUGCUUUAUCAUAUAUUUUUAUUUGUUAUAUAUUGAUUCAAUGUUAAAUGUUGUUACAGAGUACAUAAUGAAUCUGCAAAGUAAUAUAUCAGUGAAUAAAUAACUGAAAACAAUAUUCUGAGUUCUUUUCUAUUUUUAAACACGAGACGUUGUGUACGGUUUUCUACUUUUUGAGUUUUCACAAAGUUUUAAUUUUAAUUAUUUAUUUUGAAAUUACUAACCUACCUAAAAUAUAUGAAUUAUUUUGAAAUAAAUAUCUUGUUUGUUUGUUGAAUACACACAGUACUUCAAUGUCUCGCAGUUCACAAAAUAUUGUCAAAUACUUGCACUAAUUCUUUAAACCUCAGACUUUAUUCUUGCAGAAAUUUGUGAUUGUAAUAACUUAGAUUGAAAAUAACUUAUUCAUCGAAUUGUGGAAUAGUUAAUAACAUAUUGAUUGGAAAUUAUAUAUUUAGUAAUAAUAAAAUUUAUUUAUUUAAAGU